AUGUUAUCACUUUGCAGAAUUUUGGGUCGCUUUCCUUCUUUCUAUUUGAGUUUUAAGCAAGACGUCAGGACAUUAUGCAAUGCUAAAUUGCUUCGGCAGGAAUCUUUGUCAUACAGUACAAACUUCAAGACUGUUGAAGAUGAAGGUCCUAAGCACACCAUCAUUGAUGAUAAUGAACGGAGUUGUGGUCCAAAAAUAAAAGUAGGAUUUCAAGCUGAAACACAAAAGUUACUGGAUAUUGUCGCUAAAUCUUUAUACUCAGACAAAGAGGUGUUCGUUCGUGAGUUAAUAUCAAAUGCAAGUGAUGCUAUCGAGCGUCUGAGAUUUCAACGCCUUUCUGGCCAAGUUUCACUCACUUUAAGUGAUGAACCUUUAGAAAUACACAUCAGGACAGAUGAAGCGAAGAAAAUUCUCGUCAUUCAGGAUACAGGAAUUGGGAUGUCUAAAACUGAGUUGGAAAAAAAUCUUGGAACUAUAGCCCAUUCCGGGAGUCGAGAGUUUGUUUCUAGUAUGACUGGUAAUAAGGACAGCCAAAAAUCUGUGGAUAUUAUUGGUCAAUUCGGAGUUGGUUUUUACUCUUGUUUUAUGGUAGCUGAUAAGGUUGAUGUUUAUUCCCGCAGUCGCAGAGAUACGAACCCUCAGGAUGUUGGAAGUCAUUGGUCUUCUUCUGGUCUUAACGGAGAAUAUGAAAUUGGUGAUGCGGAAAAUGUUAAUCCUGGUACAAAAAUUGUUCUUCAACUGAAGGAUUCCGCUUCCGAAUUUUCUAAAGAAGAUGUUUUGGAACGUAUUCUCCGUAAAUACAGCAAUUUCGUUAGUACCCCUAUUUAUCUGAAUGGCCGACGAAUCAAUGUAAUUGAGCCAGUAUGGACUAAAAGUCAAUCAGAAGUAUCUGAUGAAGAACAUAAUUCAUUCUACCAGUAUCUUUGUGGUAACAAAUACGAUAGUCCGCGUUACACUUUUGCAUACAAAACGGACGCACCGAUAAAUUUGCGAGUACUUUUAUAUGUUCCAAACUGGAAACCUAGUAUAUUUGAUAUGGCGCGUGAUUCGGACAAUGGUGUAGCACUAUACAGUCGGAAGGUUAUGAUAAUGAAUCGUACAGAAGUACUUUUACCGAAAUGGCUACGUUUUUUGCGUGGUGUUGUUGAUAGCGAGGAUAUCUCCUUAAACUUGAGUAGGGAAUUGCUGCAAGAUAAUUCACUUAUACGUCGCAUCAACCGUUUGGUAACUGUCAGGUUCCUCAAAUUUUUAUCUCAACAAGCAUCACGGGAAACAGACAAAUUCAUUAGCUUUCUGGAUGACUAUGGUGUUUAUUUGAAAGAAGGCUUAGUAAUUGAGGGGGAUCAAGAAUUACGCGAAGAAAUAGCUAAACUAUUACGAUGGGAAUCCACUGCCUUACCUCCUGGUCAAACUACUUGUUUGGAUGAUUAUGCUAACCGAAUGCAUCCUGGUCAGAGAAAUAUCUACUUUUUAUCAUCCCCCAACAGACAGCUGGCUGAGAGUUCUCCAUAUCUGGAAGCUGUCCGCAAGAAAAAUCCAGAUAUUGAGGUCCUGUUUUUGUACGAACCGUACGACGAACUUGUUCUUAUGCAAUUAAGUCAAUACGACAAAAAAACGUUGACGUCGAUUGAGAAUAUGAUUGCUGAUGAUAUGGCAAAUACUGAUUCAGUUGGAUCUGAACGCCAAAAUUGCUUAAAACAGGAUGAGGCAUCGGAGUUGGUAGAAUGGGCAGAAAACGUCCUUGGUUCAAAAGUCAAGAAAGUGAAAGUUACACAGAGGUUGAGUACUCAUCCAUGCUUUGUUUCUGUUCGUGAAGCUGGAGCAAUGAGACAUUUUUUGAGAACAUCUUUGGCUGAUAGACCUGCUGAAGAAAGAUAUCGUGUUAUUGAACCAAUUCUAGAACUUAAUCCAGAACAUGAACUAGUUCGAUAUCUGUAUAAUUUAGUUCAUGCUUCCAAAGAUUCUGAACAUAGUGGAGAUUAUUCUCUAGCAAUUUCUGUCUUGAAUCAUUUAUAUGACACGGCUAUGGCUCAAGCGGGUCUUUUAGAUGAUGUUCGUGGACUUGCGUCUCGAACGACAGAUUUAGUCGAGAAAUUAGUUGUAAAGACUAAAUAA